CUCUUUCUUGCCAUUUUGAGCCUUUUGCAGGAAGAAAGGGUUCGAGGCAGGUGAGCGCGCAUCCUGCGUGCUGGGCGCGCUCCCCUGGGACCGCCUGCACCGAGGACCCGAAAGUUUAUCUUUUAAUUUAUUUGAAACAAAUUCAGAUGUAUUGAUAAACAUCUAAGUCCUUUUCUUUUUUUUCUUCCCUUAUCUCCUGCCACCUUGGGAGCGAGUACUUUGGGGCCAAGGACAGAGGAAAGGCUCGACGACACUUCGGGUUUGGGGCGGGAGGGGGCGACUUUUUUUUUUAAAGCAAAAAAAAAUCUCUUGAGUGCAUCGCGAUGGAGAAAAUGCCCCGCCAGCUGCCCCUGAACCCCACCUUUAUCCCGCCUCCCUACGGCGUGCUCAGGUCCCUGCUGGAGAACCCGCUGAAGCUCCCCCUACACGAAGACGCAUUUAAUAAAGAGAAAGAUAAGGAGAAGAAACUGGAUGAUGAGAGCAGCAGCCCGACGGUGCCCCAGUCAGCAUUCCUGGGGCCCACCUUAUGGGACAAAACCCUGCCCUAUGAUGGAGACACCUUCCAGCUGGAAUAUAUGGACCUGGAGGAGUUCCUGUCGGAAAAUGGCAUUCCCCCCAGCCCAUCCCAGCAGGACCACAGCCCCCACCCUGCGGGACUGCCGCCGACCGCGGCUGCCCCCUCAGUCAUGGACCUUAGCAGCCGGACCUCGGCGCCCAUUCACCCCGGCAUCUCGUCUCCCACCUGCGUGCAGAGCCCCGUCAGACCAGGUCAGCUGUUGCCAGCAAACCGCAAUACGCCAAGUCCCAUCGAUCCAGACACCAUUCAGGUCCCAGUGGGUUAUGAGCCAGAUCCAGCAGAUCUCGCCCUGUCCAGCGUCCCUGGCCAGGAAAUGUUUGACCCUCGCAAACGCAAGUUCUCUGAGGAAGAACUGAAGCCACAACCCAUGAUCAAGAAAGCUCGCAAAGUCUUUAUCCCUGAUGAUCUGAAGCAGGAUGACAAGUACUGGGCAAGGCGCAGAAAGAACAACAUGGCGGCCAAGCGCUCCCGCGACGCCCGUCGGCUGAAGGAGAAUCAGAUUGCCAUCCGGGCCUCGUUCCUUGAGAAGGAGAACUCCGCCCUGCGCCAGGAGGUGGCCGACUUGAGGAAGGAGCUGGGCAAGUGCAAGAACAUACUUGCCAAGUAUGAGGCCAGACACGGGCCCCUGUAGGAGGGCAUUUUUGUGGGCUGGCUUUUGAAUGGAUGGACAGUUUGUUUCCUGUCUGAUAGCUCCACACCCAAACCAACCUUUCUGACAUCAGCACUUUACCAGAGGCAUAAACACAAUCGACUCACGUUUUGGUGUACAUCCGUAUGUAAGUGUGUGUAUGUGUGUACAUGUGCUCAUGCUGGGAUGUGUGUGUGUGUGCGUGCGCGCGUGUGCGUUUCCUUUGCACUUGCCAUUUCUAGGUAGUCCCCUCAUUCUGUUUUAGUUCCAAAACAAGGAAGGUGCCAUGUUUUUACUGAACCCUGGAGACUCUCGGGGUCUUCCUCCCCAUCCUUUCUCGGCUCCUGCCCUUUCCCUAUGGCUUCGUGUUCCAGCUUUCCUACUCGGUCAGGACUCUGGGUUCACUCCGAGGGGCCCCUGCUGCCUGGGUGGGUCUCAGUUCUCAAGAGUUCCAGCUCUUGUUUCUGUUCAGUC